GGGCUUGGUGGACGGCGCACGAUUAGCGCGCUUAUCCACCGUCAAAUUGGCAACUAACGGUGGAUACGGCACUACUUAUGCAUGGUAGCGGCUUUGGGGCGAUCAUCCAGCAGAGUAGUCGACUGUAAUACCGAUUCCUCUCAAGAGUUUAAUCCUCCUCCUGCUUCUCCAGCGCCCAAGAACGAUCGUGGAUCCAGGAGCUCGCUGCAGCACCACAAUCUCUUCUCGUGCUUCACAGGUAGGAAGAUCAAGCCCUCUCCUACGAGUGGAUCGUCGUGGUCGUGGCCGCGGAGCCCAUCCAUCAUGUCGCGGCUGCUGCUCAGCCCCAGCAUGAGCCCGGACAAUCGAAUUCUCGCGGGGGACCAGUCGCCGGCAAGGGGCAACCACCAUUCCCACAAGAUCCGAUCGUUCACUUUCUCGGCUGCGAAGGCGAGGAAGAACAGGAGAUUCGAUGAUCCGGAGGAGGAAUCGUCGUCCAACCGGGGCGAGCCAACCUCGCCCAAAGUUACUUGCAUGGGGACCGUGAAGGCGCCCAAGCCGUGCAAAGCCAAGACCGCAAGGCCUCCUCCGCGGCGUCCUGGAUCGACGAAUCUCACGUAUCACCACCAGCAAGUCCAGGAUUCCUUGCUUGAUCUCAGCAGAUUUAGCUCCAAGUCCGGCGAGCUAAGGAGAUCAAAGGCGACUGGCUUGGGUCACGAUCAGCGAUCAAGUUCCCAAGGGCACACGCGAUCAUCGUCAUCGCUAUCAAACAGGAAGAUGAGCUCCAUAGGUUGCCAGGUCUCUUCUCUACAGUCGCACCAAAUGGUUCCUCAAUCGACUGCGUCAAUGCCAGCGCAAUUCGCCACUGCCUCUUCUUUGCAACCAAUCGAUCUCGUGGAAAGGCCCUCCAUCUCGCUCAAGAGGCCCGAGGAGGUGUGCAUUUGGCGGAGACGAUGUGUCCCGGAGCCCUUGCGUCUCGACAUUAUGGGAUCUUUGGCAGGUCCACUCAAGUCAGUCGAGGUCAACGGUUCGGUCAGAGUUAUGUAGCUAGCCAAAGUCGUGUACAAAAAUCUAUAGUGUGUGCCACUUUUCAUUG